GUCGGAUUUCGUCAGCGGAAAGAUCGUAGAGAUGAUAAUACCCGGAGAGGAAACAAUGCCAACGGCGAUGACCUUGGCUGUCAAAUUCCUAAGUGACAAUCCCGUCGCCUUAGCCAAACUCGUGGAGGAGAAUAUGGAGAUGAAGAGGCGGAAAUUGGAAUCGGGUGAAGUAUACAAUUGGACUGAUUAUAUGUCUCUCUCUUUUACUCAAAAUGUGAUAAACGAAACGCUGAGAAUGGCUAACAUCAUUAACGGAGUGUGGAGGAAGGCUCUCAAAGAUGUUGAAAUUAAAGGUUACUUGAUACCAAAAGGAUGGGGUGUAUUGGCAUCAUUCAUAGCGGUUCACAUGGAUGAAGACAUUUAUGAGAAUCCCUAUCAAUUCGAUCCGUGGAGAUGGGACAGGAUUAAUGGAUCGGCAAACAGCAGUAAUUGCUUCACACCCUUUGGCGGUGGGCAAAGGCUAUGUCCUGGUUUAGAACUGUCGAAGCUCGAGAUAGCCAUCUUUCUUCACCACCUCGUCACCCGGUACAGUUGGACGGCUGAGGAAGACGAGAUCGUGUCAUUUCCAACGGUGAAGAUGAAGCGGAGGCUCCCCAUCCGAGUGGCUAUGGUUCCCAUCUAAGUUGAAAAUCAUUAAUAGAUCCCUUAAAAGAACAGAACUGUUUGUGCGAAAGGAAGCAGAGAAGUAUAACAAAAUUAUUUUAUUUAAAAUAGCAGCGAAGAGAAGCAAACAAAGAAGAUUGGUGGGUAAGAUAGAAAGAGCCAUACGUACAGCUAGUGAUGGCUCAGAGAUCAUGAGAGAUUCUAAUUGUAUUUUUGUUUGUCAUGUCAAAUUAUAAGCGUUGGUUAGGUUGUCCCUUUCUCUUUUAUUUAUCGUACCAAACGCAAGUUGAGAUAUGAUUCCAAAUAUAUAUAUAUGGCUGAUUGAUAGA